AGAAUGGCGGAGCUUCAUCAAUCAUCAUCUCCAACCUUGAAAUUGAAAAAUUACACACUGAGCUCAAUCACUUCUCUCGUCGAUCAAAUCUCUACGCUCCAACAAUGCCGCCGAUUCGAUGUCUAGCGAGAUCAAUGCCGUCGAUGCGGCAGCUCAAUCUCAGGUUCGUCUCCACCUCCACUUACCUCCGCCAGGAGGCGCAGCUGGCGGGCGUUGAGCCGCCCCAGGCUCCUCUUCCGCCGAACCCUGCCUCCGGAAGCCCCUUAUACAGCGAAAACUGGCGGAACGCUACCUCCUCAACCUCUCCCGGCGCCGACGCGGCGGCGGUGCUCCCCAGCCUCGGGUUCCUCAGCUUAGGCGGCCAGGGGCUAGUGCAAUCCCUAGCGACGCUGGACGCGAACGGCUUGAUGGAUCAGUUCGCGAAAUGGACGACGGAGCAGCGAUGGGGGGACCUGAAGCAGCUGUUUGAGCUUUGGAUUAAGUCGUUGGACAACAGCGGGAAGCCGAACAAGCCUGGCGUGGAUCUUUACAAUCACUAUUUGAGGGCGAAUUUGAUGAUGGGGGCGUCUACGGGGCAGCUGAUCGAUCUUGUCGAGAAAAUGAAUGAUUAUGAGAUAGACCCUAACACAGCCUCGUUCAAUCUAGUGCUCAAGGCUAUGCAGCAGGCCGAUGAAUCGUUAGCAUCCGAGAAAUUGAUUGAAAGGAUGCUCCAGAGAGGGCCUGAAUGCAAGGAUUCUUUGCCCGAUGAUGAGUCGUAUGACUUGGUUAUUACCACGCUUCUUUCUACAAACCAAAUAAAUCGUGCUCUGAAGUACAUAGAUUUGGCAUUGACAUCUGGAUACAUGUUGUCAAUAAAUGCAUUUUCUCGUUGUGUUCAUAGUUUUAUUAAUAACGGGAGGCUAGAUACCUUGGUAUCGCUUAUAGAGAGAUGCAAGAAAAUGGAUCAGAAUAAAUCCUUAUGCCCUCCUUGGAGGACAUGCAAUUCUAUUGCAGAUGUUUCAGUUCAAUUAGAUAACAGUGAUUUGACGUAUUAUGCUCUUGAGUUCAUGGCCAAAUGGAUUGCUAGAGGUGAAAUUGCCAGGCCGCCUGUGCUUCUUUCUGUCAAUGAAGGUCUAGUCCUUUCUGCCCUUGGAACUGCUGGUAGAACAUGCAAUUCUAGACUUGUGGAUGGUUCAUGGGCUGUUCUGAAACGCUCAUUGCGCCAAAAGAAGGUUCCUAGUCCUGAAUCUUACAUCGGGAAAUUAUAUGCUCAUGCUAAUUUGGGGAAUUUACAAAAGGCGUUUAGUACACUGCAUGAGUUCGAGAUUGCUUAUAAAAAUUCUGACAGAGAAGAUGUAGAAGAUCUUUUCUCGCCAUUCCAUUCCUUAAAUCCUCUGGUCAAUGCAUGCUCGAAGAAAGGUUUCAGAACUUUGGAUAUGGUUUAUCACCAGCUUGAGAAUUUAGGCCGAUCCGAUCCUCCAUACAAGUCUAUUGCUGCUCUAAACUGUAUCAUUCUUGGCAGUGCAAACAUCUGGGAUAUUGAUCGUGCUUACCAGACCUUUGCUGCUAUUGAUGCCACUUUUGGGUUGACCCCUGACAUCCAUUCAUACAAUGCACUCUUAUGUGCCUUUGGGAAGCUGGGCAAGAGAGAUGAAGCUGUAAGAGUAUUUGAGCAUUUCACUGGAUUAGGCGUGAAACCAAAUCUGACUACAUAUUCUCUACUUGUUGACGCCCAUCUAGUUGUACGGGAUCUAAAAGCUGCUUUGGCUUCUGUUGAUGACAUGAUAAAUGGAGGAUUUGAACCAUCAAAGGAAAUGCUGAAAAAGAUUCGGAGGCGCUGUGUUAGAGAGAUGAAUUACAAGUCUGAUGACAAGGUGGAAACUCUUGCCCAACAGUUCAAAAUUCGAAUGGGUACAGAAAUCCGUCGUAACAUGCUGUUUGAAUUAGAGUACAACAUGGAUUCAUAUAUGUAAGGUUCUAAGAAUCAUUAGCACAAAUGUGCAUCUUAUCGACAGAAGAUGCUCUGUAGUGAAUGCUUUUGGUUUAUUGGUCAGAUUAAUUUAUUUCGCAGAGUUCAGAAACACGAGUUACUUUAAAUAAUAAUCAAAUGGCAGUUAUACCUAUCUUGCAAUACA